AGUAAAUAAACAAAAUUUGCCUUCCUUCAGCUCUCCAUCCAUCUAUUAUUCAGCCGGUACGAACGAAACGUGUUUUCCGUUUCUAACCGAGUUUAUUUCGAUUGACACGGUCAGCAUUACUCGUAGCCAUGAGCGGCCAACCGAUGGGGGACGGCAAACGCUUUCUGGAAGGUUUGAUUCUGCGGGCCGAAGAUGUUUUGGCCAAAAUGAUCUACAAGCUUCAUCGAACGAACGUUCCGCUGGAGGAGAUGGUCCCUUGGAUUAACUCAGUGUACGGGUUCGUUAACAGUUGGGAAGAGUCACUGAAGGAUGUCAGUAUUGAUGCGUUGAAACGGGCAGCGGCAGCAGCAGCUGCUGCUAGUCCCGGUUCGGGCAACAAAUCCGAGGAAGCACUAAUGGAAGAGAUUAACAAUUACGGGUCCAGUUCUAAACAGACCACCGGUGAAGAUGCAUGGGAAGCUAGGUCGCAACAGGCAGGCAAGAGCAAACGGAAUCCGGUUCGAACGGAGGAGGCGGAACCGGUGUUCGAGUAUGUGGAGCAGUCGCUGAAGGAUUACAAAAUCAACCGAACGGGUCGCUGCGUCAUUUCCCACGUCGGCACCUCCGCGCGAUCCUUCUGCAUAGUGGACCGUGAUCAUCACGACUGCACCAAGUUGUUUGCUGCGAUGCAAAAUUCGCGCGGCUGUAAGUACGCAGAGCUUCCAGCGCCGGGAAAGGUAUUCGGUGUCUACCUGGACGCUUCUCUGUUCCGAGCGGUUCGCAACAAACCGAUCGAGAACUCCACGCUAAAGUUGACCUACAUCCGGUUGCUGGACACCGGAGAGGUACUACCGUACGACGAUUCGAUGGUACUUUGCGCUCUUUCCGACUACUUUCAGAAACUGCCGGCCUUCGCCAUUCGCUGCAUACUGGUUAACAUCCUGGACGAUCCGUUCUGCGAUGAUCUUGAACAGUUUCUCAAGAAAUCGCUGCACACGACUCAGUACUACAAGGUUGUCUCGGUUGAAGGUCAUGUACUGUUCCUUAAACUUAGUCAGCAACCGAUUCCGGUGCCGGACAAAAUGACGGCAACUAAUUCCUCAGCAGAAUCGACCCCAACGAAGCCAAGACGACGCAGGUCGCGAAAGAGUAAGCACAUUCCCACUCGAAUCAACAUAUUCAAACCGGAGCCGGUUGAGACAAGCAACGCGAUCAGUAUUCGAAUGCCGGGGACAACUAUUCCGUUGGAGGAGAAACCCACUCGUUCGCUAUUUGAACCGAUAGAUUUAAAAGGUGUCCAAAGUGAAAGGGAAUCGAUUCCCGGAACGGGUUCUACCAGUUCGCCGGGUAGCUCCACGGAAGAACCCUAUCGAUACUUUCGAAAUGAUUCGUUCGAACACAUCGAAGAUGACGUCCAGCAGCCGAUAGUUCCCCCGAUCGGUUGUCAGGUCUAUCUGAUCCCGAAAUUUAUCAAGGAUGUGGAACACUUUUGGUGCCACGUCGUAUCGCCGGAUUUUGUCGACGCAAGCUUACUGGAGAUGGAGAUGAAAUUGAACUCUCCGGAGCGCUCAGUGCACUAUCGGAAGCUGCACAGUCCACCUGCCUUCGGUCAGCGAGUAUUCGCCAAAUACUCGGACAAACGCUGGUACCGGGCCGAAGUGGCACAGUAUUUCGACGAGAACAACGUGCUGGUAUUCUACGUGGACUACGGAAACGCCGAAAUGGUUCUGCAGGAGAACAUCCGCCUCUGGGACGAACAGUUCAGCUAUCUACCCUAUCAGGCCGUACUGUGUCGGUUGGCACACGUUCGCCGGGCAAAACCCUACCACAAGCAGGCCGUAGUCGAGAUGAACCGGAAUCUGCUGAACCAGCGCGUCCUGGCAACGAUUGUAAACAAUGGUACUCCGUGGGAAGUGACCAUUCAGGACAAAGAUGGAUUCGAUUUCUCGGUCGCUCUGCUAUUGGCCGGAUUGGCCAAAAAGUUGGAAGUUAAAAGUUCCUCUGAUUCUUCCUCUGGCGAUGAAGAUAUCGUCUACCAAGAGGACGACGAUGAGAUGUGCCAACCUGUCAUUGGUGCUUAAGCACAAAUUUUUAUCUUUAUUUUAAUAUCAGUACUAAAACUAAAAAGUAAAGCUUUUUUUUGAAAUACAAGAACUGCUAAUGAAAAA